UCGUCUACACCUUCCGGAGGAGCCAAUGGCCGCAUCGAUUGGGGUAUCCGGCAUUUUUCCGGCAGCCGAGUCCGUCAAAAUCUCAUGGAGGCCGAGGAACUUCCCGUUCGUGGCACCGGUCGGCCGCUCUCGGGUGGAUUGUACGCCUGUCAAGAUGGCGAUAUCCGUCGAGAAGAAGCAGUUCACCGUAGAGAAAUCGGAGGAGAUCUUCAAUGCAGCUAAGGAAUUGAUGCCUGGAGGCGUAAAUUCGCCCGUUCGUGCCUUCAAAUCAGUGGGUGGGCAGCCAAUUGUAUUUGAUUCAGUGAAAGGAUCCCGUGCAUGGGAUGUUGAUGGAAACGAAUACAUUGACUAUGUUGGGUCCUGGGGCCCUGCAAUUAUUGGUCAUGCUGAUGACAAGGUAAAUGCUGCCUUAAUUGAAGCACUCAAAAAGGGUACUAGUUUUGGUGCUCCAUGUGCUCUAGAGAACACAUUGGCAGAAAUGGUAAUAUCAGCUGUUCCCAGUAUAGAGAUGGUGCGUUUUGUGAACUCAGGGACAGAGGCUUGCAUGGGUGUCCUGCGCCUUGCUCGUGCCUUUACCGGUCGUGAUAAGCUAAUCAAAUUUGAAGGCUGCUAUCAUGGGCAUGCUGAUCCCUAUUUGGUUAAAGCCGGCAGUGGAGUUGCAACACUUGGCCUUCCAGACUCACCUGGUGUACCGAAGGCUGCCACAUCCGUAACACUCACAGCUGCAUAUAAUGACCUAGAAGCUGUCAAGGAACUAUUCAGACAAAACAAAGGAGAGAUUGCAGCUGUAAUCCUUGAACCUGUAGUUGGAAAUUCUGGAUUCAUUCCACCUAAGAAAGAAUUCCUGCUUGGUCUUCGUGAUCUCACUGCAGAGAAUGGUGCCCUCCUGAUCUUUGAUGAGGUGAUGACUGGAUUCCGGAUUGCAUAUGGAGGGGCACAAGAGUAUUUCGGUAUAACACCCGACCUUUCCACUCUUGGCAAGGUCAUAGGAGGUGGUUUGCCAGUGGGAGCUUAUGGUGGAAGGAAAGAUAUCAUGCAAAUGGUUGCUCCUGCUGGUCCAAUGUACCAGGCUGGGACCUUGAGUGGGAACCCUCUAGCAAUGACAGCAGGAAUACACACUUUGCUUAGGUUGCAGCAGCCAGGCAGUUAUGAACACUUACAGAAGGUCACAAAAGCCUUGGUGGAGGGUCUGUUAGAGGUUGGUCGAAAGGCUGGGCAUGAACUCUGUGGCGGCAAUAUUAGCGGAAUGUUUGGUUUCUUCUUCACGCAAGGGCCUGUGGAUUGCUUUGAUGAUGCCAAGAAGAGUGACACAGCAAAGUUUGCCAAGUUUCACAGAGGCAUGUUGGAGGAAGGUGUAUACUUUGCUCCGUCACAGUUUGAAGCUGGUUUUACUAGCUUGGCACACAGCAUGGAGGACAUCGACCAGACUAUAGCUGCAGCAGAGAAAGUAUUUAGGAGGAUUUGAACUAGGUUUGCGUCUACUUUGCCAUUUUUGUAUCUAUCCAUUGUUGUACGAGUUAUCUAUGGACUUCCUUCCUGGGGAGACAGAGCGGUAGUAGUCCAAUCAUCAGUUGUCAAGUUAUCUGUAUCUGAUGCUUUACAAGUGUUUGUAUUUUGUUUUUCUGGUUUUAUUUGGUUAAUUAGAAUAGCAUGUAAGAGAGAUGGCCAUUGAAUAAAAACUCAAAGCUGAUGACGA